UAAAAUACGAAACGAGACACGCGCCUCUUACAACGUGAGAAACGUUUACUUCCUCGACGACCUGCUGCAGCCCCAUGGCCAUUUCAAGGACAUACCCAGGUACAUGCAUAUGCUGCAGCACGUAUACCGUUCGAAGAACUUCACUAAACCAAACCAGUACAUCAAGUGCUUCCAUAAUCCUGAACGGGUCGUCACUUUGCACAAUCACUUCCCUUUGGCUUGCCUUGGGGCCGGAUGUACGAGUUAUCCGAUCGAGACAGAAGAUGCUCAGCUACAGCAUUAUCGUGCUGAUUGUGUGAAGUCUUUAAAAAAGACUUGCGUUGAAUAUCGCGAGAACAGCAUCUUAGAUACGACGAUUUGGCGAUACAAGGAUCAGCUUGUGGAACGAGUUACCAGAACACUUCAAAUCCUUGGCUUUUUCGGUCCAAGCUAGCGUCACGUUUUAGUUUCGCUAAGAACUCUGAUAGAGUUUUACAUUAAUUCUUUUUUUUUCUUCUUUUUUUUCUUUUUUUUUUUUCUUUCUUUUUAUUCCCCCCAACCUUCUUCUCUUUGACGUGUUCGUUACUUUAAAGAGAUCGGCGCGAAUCUCAACGAUCGUCCUUUUAUAUAGGAUUAAAAAUAUCGUAGAGUCAAUUAAGGUCAUUUUAAAAACGUUAAUCGAAAUCAUUUGCGAAAUGAAUUUAAACGCCUGAUCCUUAAGUCACGGAUCGAUGAAAUUUUAGUUGUCGAUUUCUUGAUAGAAAUAUUAUAUCGAGAAUUUAUUAUUACAAUAGUCUACCACGUAACAUUGUCAAUUUACAAUUUUUAUUUUAUACCUAGACGUAUGUAUAUGUAGCUCGCAAAUUUAAAUCGAUCAAAGGUAUACAUAUAUAUAUGUGUGUAUAUAUAUAUAUAUAUAUAUAUAUAUAUAUAUAUAUAUAUAUAUAUAUAUGCAUCAUUAUAUUAGCUUCAUAAGAUUUGUAUUCUCAAUGCGUUCGUCGAACCUUUUUCACGUUUUGGUAGUCUAAUGAAGCAACAUCCUGCUUUAUUCCUUCAAAAAUAUUUUUUUAUUUAUCUAACUUCCUAUGUGACAACGAUAUAAUUACAGUAUAUUCUUUAUCCCUUUAUCUAUUUCUUUCACGUCGCUAUGUCUAGUUUUCCUUCAUGGUGAACCUCGAUCGCUUUCUUUAUAUAGGAUAAAAUAAGAUUGACUAUACCAUUAUAUUCCGUACUAAACGAAACGCUAAUUCUUUAUUUAUGCGUUUCAUACGUGCUUGAAUACAAGUUAAGAGAAAGCGAUUCAUGUAUACACCAUGAACCGAUAAUUAAUGUAAACAAUAUUAGAUUAGAAAGCCCAUUUAUAGAUAUAAAUAGUCUCAUAUCUAACUUGUAAUAAUUUACUCGCAUCCUUUACGCUUAACCUACGAUUUUCGAGUGUGUCUAUUGUGAAAAAGUAUCUUUGAAAAGGACAAGACUGUCCUCGUUUCUUAUCAUCUCUUUUUAAUAAAAAUUUCGUUAUUCGCAAUAUAAGGAAAAUCAUAAAGAAGAUGUGAUAAUAAUAAUAAUAAUAAUAAUAAUAAUAAUAAUAAUAAUAAUAAUAAUAAUGAUGAUGAUGAUGAUGAUGAUGAUGAUGAUGAUGAUGAUGAUGAUGAUGAUGAUGAUGAUAUAGCGAAAAAAAAAUGAAAUGAAAUAAAUAUUUUCUCACGAAACUUUGAAAUUAUAUAUUAAUUAGAAAACUGAUGCAUCUUUUUUCAUUGAACUACGUGCCUUUUUAAAGAUAAUGUCUUAAAGUACACUGUUCCGAGCUUAGAUUGCUCGUUUCAACGAUGUUUCCUAUCUGUAUAUAACUUACUAUAUACUUAAUGAAAAAGUCACAUUCAUCGUAAAUAAAUAAAUAAAUAAAUAAAUAAAUAAAUAAAUAAGGUCAAUAAUUA